CACUACAGCAAACUACAUAUGUUAGAUUUCCCUAAAUCGUCUUGUUGCGCUCUUUGCAGCUCUCCGGUAUACUGUUGAUGUCUUCAAACAAGUUGCCCAAAAGUUCCUGGAUUUUAGAGUCCAUGUUCCACCACUGCCCUUCUUCACCUCGGAGACCCGAAGACCUGCUCCAGGAUCCUCCCAGCCACCCUCACUAGAACCCCUGCCGCACACUCCGCUCUGCCAUGCGUUUUAUCCCAGAUUCCCUAGGAGAUUUGCCCUACCCUUGUUCUGUAGCUAAUCCCAGCCCCGCCCCACACCCUAGCCCCGCCCACAGCACCAGCCCCGCCCUAUACCCCAAGCCCCGCCCACACUGGGGUCUUGCUUCAGAAGUCCUCCUUCGGCGCCAAACCAUAGAUAUUCGACGACUGUGUUGUCGGCCUCCUCCACGUUCUGGGUCCGCGUUGGAAUUCUGGACUGGACGAGAAAGCCGGAGCGCGAGUCGUAAAGGAUUCACCUUGAAAAUCUCGGGGAGGCUGUGGGUUCGAGUGGGGAAUUGAUUAUUUUACUGCUGCUCUCCUUUCAACAUGAAGGAGGAUCAAGUUGUGCAGGAAGAAUCGGGAUUCCAAGAUGAGGAGGAGUCUUUGUUUCAAGACAUUGACCUGUUACAAAAACACGGAAUCAACAUGGCUGAUAUUAAGAAACUGAAGUCUGUAGGAAUCUGUACCAUCAAAGGGAUACAAAUGACAACGAGAAGGGCCCUCUGCAAUGUCAAAGGCCUCUCAGAAGCCAAAGUGGAGAAGAUUAAAGAGGCAGCCAAUAAACUUAUUGAACCAGGAUUCCUAACUGCAUUUCAGUACAGCGAAAAGAGGAAGAUGGUUUUCCAUAUCACUACUGGGAGUCAGGAAUUUGAUAAAUUACUAGGAGGUGGCAUUGAAAGUAUGGCAAUUACAGAAGCUUUUGGAGAAUUCCGUACUGGAAAAACUCAGCUGUCUCAUACCCUCUGUGUGACAGCUCAACUUCCAGGAGCAGAUGGCUACUCAGGAGGAAAGAUUAUCUUCAUUGAUACAGAAAAUACUUUCCGUCCAGAUCGCCUUCGGGACAUUGCUGAUCGCUUCAACGUAGACCAUGACGCAGUACUGGACAACGUGCUCUAUGCACGUGCCUAUACUAGCGAGCAUCAGAUGGAGCUACUUGAUUACGUAGCAGCCAAAUUUCACGAAGAAGCCGGCAUUUUCAAACUAUUGAUCGUUGACUCAAUAAUGGCACUUUUUCGAGUGGAUUUCAGUGGCCGUGGAGAAUUGGCUGAACGCCAGCAAAAAUUGGCCCAGAUGUUGUCACGACUCCAAAAAAUCUCAGAAGAAUAUAAUGUUGCUGUUUUUGUGACCAACCAAAUGACUGCAGAUCCGGGAGCAACUAUGACCUUCCAGGCUGAUCCCAAAAAACCCAUUGGCGGACACAUUCUGGCUCACGCUUCAACAACAAGAAUAAGCUUGCGAAAGGGAAGAGGAGAACUGAGGAUUGCCAAGAUUUAUGACAGCCCUGAGAUGCCUGAAAAUGAAGCCACCUUCGCAAUAACCACUGGAGGGAUCGGGGAUGCCAAGGAGUAGGUGGGGAAUGGGUACAGACUGCUUCUUGCUGCUUAUUAGGGACUGGAGAAGUGGGAAGCAGUCUUCAAUUUACAUCUUGAAAUAAGAGUUUGUUUUUUUCCCAUGUGUUAUUAAAAGAAAGUCAGCAAAAGAGAUGUAAAGCUUAUAUUUAUCUUAAAAGUUCCUUCCUGAUAUGUAACCAACUAUAUAUAACAUAUAUAUAUAUAUAUAUACACACACACACACACUGCAUGUUGAUUCAGAAAUAUGCAUACAUAUUCUUGAAUCAGUUGAUAGCCACAUAUGCAAAAGUAUGCCUGUCAGGUAUUGGGGAAGGGGUACCCAGUGCCCUCCCAUCUGCCUACCACAGUGAGCCAUUGAGCACACAAAAAUUCAAAGGAGCUCAGAGAUUAUCAGCCCCCGAAAGCCCAGGCUUCUCAGCCAGCAUUUGUUGGGACACAGCACUAUGGUGCUGGGACUAGGGAACUGGAUGCUCUUCCCCAAGAGAGAGAUGUGAGGAGAUGUUUAGAGUAUACACGAGCUAUUUGUAUUCACCCGGCAGCCUUCAUAUCCAUCUUUGCAAUGAUAGAAGAGAAACAUUAAGCCAACUCUUUAAAUCAUUUGGUUUGUCAAGUUGAAAUGUCUUUUUAAAAUGUAUUAUGGUAAUUGGGCAUGAUGGUGCACACCUGUAAUCUCAAUAUUUGGGAGGUCUAAGUAGCUUUAGCUCCGCGGUAAGUUCAAAGCUAGCCUGGGCUCUGACAACACUGUCCAAAACAGGCAUGCCUUGAGGUUUGAUAGAGAGUUCAAAGGGUUUGUUUGUUUUUUUUUUUUUUAUUUUGGAGCUAAUAUAAAUGUAAAAUCUAGAACUGAGACAUUAAUAGAAUUUGUGAAAGAACAUUGGUUUUGAGUCUGUGUGAGACUAUUUAAAAAUUAAAAUAGUAAUCUGUAAUUGCUACAGGUGAUCUUUUAUAUUGUAUUACCUAACAUGAAAAUCCAAAAAGUAAAUAAAGUAUUGGCUACC